CUGGCUGAUGGCCGGCCCUGAGGGUGGGCGGGGAAGACCCACUGCAUACGGCUUCUCUCAAUUGCGAGUAUUAGCUUCAAUUUCAGUUCAAUGGCUUUAAAUAAAGUUACUCUCAUCAGUGACCUUGAUGUGUUACUCGAAAGCUACAAACUCAAGGUGAAAAUCAUUCGUUUGUGGAAACAAACUGUACGCGGAAAUCCGAAGGAAACCUAUGCUAUUGAAAUGAUCCUAAUGGAUGAGGAGGGAAAUAAGAUUCAAGCUAAAGUUUGGAAACAAUGUGUUUCUAAAUUUGAGAAUUUACUCGAAGAAAAUGGUGACUUUUACAUUGAAAAACCCCAACUUGCUAGCAAUGAUUCACCUUAUAAGUAUGCAGAUAACCGCUACAAACUUACUUUUAACUGGGUCACGAAGGUUACAAAGUGCACUGAUUUUAAUGGGCCGGAUACUAAUUUUGCCUUUGCAACCUUUCCGUCUAUUUUGGCAGACGAACCAAAGAAAGACUGCACAGUUGGUAAGUAUCUAAUCUCAUAA